AUGCCGACAAUCUAUACAUCAAUUACAUCGAGCGUUAUACAAGUUCAUAACGAAACUAAUGUAAAACCUCGUAUUCAAACAAACAAUAGUCUUAAAACAAUGAUAAAUCGUCAGACUACUACACGAUCACUAUACAGAACAUUUGCGACUUACACACCACUAUCUAAACGCCCAAGUACUGUGGCAAUUGUUUUUAUAGUUUUGGGUGUUAUUGCAUUUUGUAUAUUUUUAUGUGUUUUAAUCUACUACAUUUAUCAACGAUGGAGACGUCGUAAGUUUUGUAAAUCACCACCCGUAAAGCCAAAACCUCCACCUACACCCGCUGUUCCACUUGUAGAUUUAAGAAAAUAUCCGGCUAAACCUAUCGCACGAGUCCCACCAUACAAUAAUACAAUUGCAGAUAAUUUCUCUAUCUUGCGUUCAACAUCCACAUGUGUCGAACUGACUUGUAAUAAUGGUCGUUGUAUUGAAACAACUCAAGGAGCUAACUGCAUCUGUGAUGAAGGUUUUAUUGGUACGAAUUGCAAUCAACAAGCUUCAGAUUUCUAUCGUCGAACUCAACUUAUACCUGGACUUGCUGAUCCAGACAUUCUAGCGAUAAACGACGACUUAUUUUACUUAACGGGUACUUCCAAUGCUAUGAGUUUACCAAUCUUUCAGUCUACUGAUCUGAUUAAUUUUCAUCUCAAAAUUACAUAUGAUCCUUCGAUUUCCGAUUCUAUGUAUAAUUACUGUUUUAUUUGGGCGCCUGAUCUUUCGAAACGUGAUGGCGGUUACGAUUUAUACUUUUCUGCUCAACGUGUAUCGAAAGGUGCACCUUGUCCAGCAAACGGACAAGAUGUUACUACGUUCUUUGCAAGAGCAUCUGACGAUAAUCUUAUCUUUAGUACACCGGUACUUGUGGAUUUUGGGAUUGGAGCUCCAAAAGGAAGAAUUGCUGCAGGUUGUAAUAGUGAUGGAUGUUUGAAGACGGUUCGAAUCGAUUCUGCUGUUGUUGGACCUGAGAAUAAUCGUUGGUUUUUUUAUGUAUGGUUCUCAAAUGGAAAUAAUAUAGCUUCAUUCCAAUUUGCUUCACCAACUAAUUUGAUUGCAAAUGCUGGACCCGCUUCUUUUUCUAUUCCUGCUAGUGAAGAAAAAAUCAACGAAGCACCUGAAGUAUUCUGGCAUGCAGGACAAUAUUAUCUCUUCAUUAGUACAGCAUUCUUCGAUAGUCAAUAUGCAAUGUCCUACGUGAUGGCACCAACUAUUCCCGAUCUAACACGCAAACGUGCAGUACGUAUUCAUUCGAUUGCACAACGAAAUUCAGCCGGAAAGUUAGUUCAAAGUCAUGGACAUAAUUCCAUAGUUGUGAGACGUGGUCAAUUCUUUAAUGUAUUUCAUCAAGGCAUUUUUGAUAGUGCAGGACGUCUAAUUGAAAGAAGUACUUUUAAGCAACGUCUCGCUUUUCGACCAGAUGGAUCACUAUAUACAUUGAACACGAUCGACAUCCGUUGGACACAACUUCCUUUAUACCAAUAUUCCGUCGAUGUAGUAAAGAAGGAUGGAUCUUCAGUUGGUCCAUGUAUUAGUGUAGUUCGCAUUGGAGCAACACUAGAAACAACAUAUGUUGGUAUAUGUCCGGAUAGCGGUAAUCAACUAGUAGAUAAAGGUGAUAUUGCUGCGUUCAGAUUAUUUUAUUCCAGGAAUAAUAUAUGGAGAGAUUUUGUUGAAGUAAAAUAUGAUGGAGUGUCGGAUCAAUUAGCCGUCUAUCUACCAGGUGGUAUUACAAAACAAAUAGCUCUUCGUUGGAAUGAACGUAUAACAGGUACAAGAUAUUCUCUCGAUGUUCGACGUCGUGAUGGAACUUGGGUUGCUCCUUGCGUUGGUGAUCGAACUAUCGGUAACAAUAUUGAAUACGUGUUCAAUGGUAAUUGUCAAACAGCUCAAAUUUUUAUCGAACCUGCUGAUAUUUCAUAUAUUCGCAUAUGUUCUGCUAUUAAUGAUGACUGGGCAAGAGCAAUCUGUAGUGGUGUAGAAUAUGAUGGAAAGAUGAUCUAUGUAUCCAUUACUAUUCCAUAA